AUGGCAGGAUCAGUCUUAGGAAAGCGCAAUCGUGUUGAAUCAGAAGCCUUGCCGGUACGCACCGCGAGCAAGCGCCGGACAGUCGCGCCCCGGACAAAGAAAGAAAAGGAAGCUGCGCCGGUCACAUUACGGCGGACAAGGUCUACCGUGCAAAAAGCACGCGAGCAAUCCCAACACGAUCAAGAGAAUGGCGACAAGAAAAAUGUUUCGGAGGAUGAGGGGCAGGUGGAGGUUGUCUCCUCCAAGAACACCCUGCGCGAGGACCAAUUCAAAUCCCCCGUGAAAGUCAAAUCGCAUUUCCGCGCCUCGAAGCAAGUUGAAGUGAAGCCAGAAAAGCUGGAAGAUGUACCGGAAGUCGCGGAGGAUGUGAAACCAGUCGAGUUCAAGACCCCUUCGAAAUCACGAUUCCGAGAUGCGUUGCCGCAGUCGCCCAUGACCCCGAGACAUCGAGUACAGGUUGGAGCAAAGGCGAUAACCCCACGUACCCCUCGCCAUGCAGAUCUUCCCCCGACACCUCGUCAGAGUGCGACUCCGACCAUUUCCCACUCUGUCUACUCGCAGGCCAGACAGCUCUUUGCUCGAGGCGCCAGCUCUGGUCGACUAGUUGGGCGGGAUGCGGAGCGUGAGAAGCUGACUUCAUUCCUGACGAACGGUCUCGAGUCUCGGAACGGAGGAUGUCUCUACAUCAGUGGCCCCCCUGGCACUGGCAAAAGCGCCAUGGUCCAGGAGGUAUGCAAGGAUCUCGACCUUUCCAAUGUGAGGGUCUCACAUGUAAACUGUGCAAGCAUGCGAGUAUCUCGUGAUGUUUACAGCCGACUUGUGCAAGAUUUUAGCGCAGAUACAGACAUGUUCAAGAAAAGCGAAGCCGAUCGCUUGAAGGCAAUGUUCAUUCCUUCUAAGAACGCCGAGGAUCUAUUCCUUGUCACACUGGAUGAGAUUGAUCACCUGUUGAACGGUGACUCUGGGGUUUUACAAUCACUGUUCGAGUGGUCUCUACAGAGCAAAUCGAAGCUCAUGCUGAUUGGCAUUGCUAACGCCCUUGAUUUGACCGAUCGGUCGCUCCCACAGCUCAAGGCGAAGAACUUGAAGCCUCUCCUGCUGCCGUUUUUGCCGUACAGUGCAGCAUCUAUCGCAGAUGUGAUGACGAACCGUCUCCGAUCGUUGCUCCCUGCUGGCUCGGAGGCGGAUCCCAAGCUUGUGCCAUUUGUUCAACCAGCUGCCAUUCAGCUUUGCUCAAAGAAGGUUGCCUCGCAGACAGGCGAUCUUCGCAAGGCAUUUGAGUUGAUCAAGCGUGCAAUUGAUGUUAUUGAGCAAGAGACUUGGCAAAAGCUUGAGAAGCAAGCCAGUGAGAACGUAGCGAUUCUCAGUGAGAACACCAACCUGUCCUCGCCCACCAAAGGAGCCAGCAUUCCGAAGCCCGCAUCAAUGUCUAGCUACACGGUCAUCACCGCACCCCGAGCCAGUAUCGCGCAUAUUGCUCGAAUCACAUCUGCAGCUUUCGGUCAAGGCACUGUCCAGAGACUGCAAAGUCUCAAUCUUCAGCAGAAGGCCGCCAUCUGUGCGCUGAUCGCGCUUGAACGAAAGCGUCGUCAUCUGGAAGUCCCAAGCACUCCUUCAAAGUCACGGGCUUCGGCACCUACCAUCAAACAAGCAUUUGAUACAUACUGUGCCCUGUGCCGCAAUGAUAACAUUCUCCAUCCUCUGACCUCCACCGAGUUCAAGGAUGUAUUGAGCAACCUUGAGACAAUGGGCUUGGUUGGAGAGUAUCAAGGCCGUGGCCGAGGUGGGACUGUUGCAGGUGGCUCAGAUCUGCGUCGCACGCCUUCGAAGUCUGGCAACAUGCCAGGUACACCACACAAGGCACUUGACGAACAGGGUCUUCUAUGUUUUGUGUCCCAGCAAGAAAUCGAAAGUCAAAUUGCUGGCCCCGGGGAGGGCAUUCUUCGGCGUCUUCUUCGGGGCGAGGGACUUUGA